UUUUGAGGUUAUAUUACACGCUGACAUAUAUUUUUUUUAUGAUGAUUAGUCAAACAUUUAUCAUCAUCAAAAGUGGACGCGUUUACAUUUUAAGAUAAGACCAGGAGAAAGAGAAAUCAAAACAAUCCGAUUACUAAAAAACUUCAAAAUCGGUACAUAAUAUUCCGAACAAAUUUUUAAACUAAUAUAAUCAAAGUGUCAUCGCAAUGGUGGCUACGAUAAAAGCAGUACAGACUAUCAGCUUUGGCGAGGGUCCGCACUGGGAUGUAGACGAACAAGUCUUGUACUAUGUUAACUUCCUAGACAACACAAUCAAUAAAUAUAACCCAGCAACCGGACAACACACUAAAACUAAACUGGCCCCGUACCCAAACACAUUCACUACAUUCGUGAUACCGAUCGAGGGAAGAAAACAUCGCUUCCUGUGCGGGAUAAAGCGUGACAUUGUCGAAAUAGAAUGGAAAGGGGACAACGAUACCGCAGUGGUCGUGCGGACUAUUGCCACUGUCGAAAAGGACCGACCUGAAAAUUUCUUAAAUGACGGCAAGGCAGACCGCAAGGGACGUUUAGUCACAGAUAUUAAAAAUUGACGGCAAAACGGGCGACAUACUUCAAAAAGUGACAAUGCCAACGAGUGAUGUGACGUCACUGACCUUCGGCGGACCGAAUUUAGACAUUAUU